UGACAUCACAUAAAACAUCUUCAUGUACACAUUAUGUAAAACUGCAGAAGUAGCUACAAGAAGACAAGAAGACACACACUGGUCUGGUUUAGUUUUUAAACCAGCAAGAUUUUUGUCUACUUUAAUCUUCAAUCAAACUCAUGCCACGUUUAAAUCCAUUCUCCCAAAUGUGGCGAACAAUGAGGCACCCCAACGAGAACAAUAACACUGAGAUCCACCGAACCAAAGGAGGUUGUGAUCUCUUCUUCAGUGAUCUAGUGAGGAUCCAGAACAGAGAAAGGGCUCAGACAGAGGCUCUGGUCCUACAAACAGAGAGGCUAUGUGCACUGCAAAAUGCCCAAAGCAACGCUGUCCUGGAGAGAUUGGGAUUCUCCACGCAGCAGGAUGCCCUUCCUUCACCUCACUCAUCAGCCAGCACACCCACCAGACGCAAUCCUGAGGCGUCUGGGGGAAGUCAGAUGCUCACACCUGCACCAGGUGGGUGGUUGGAGACAAGACACCUGAUCACCAGCUCGUCAUCCUCUGGCUCUGAUGACUCCUUCACUUCGGUGGACACCCACACCCCCAGUGAGCUGAGAGCUCUCUCUCUCCUGAGAAGCCCCCUUGAGGAGUCACCCACCCAAAUACUCUUCACUCCAUCCCCUCCUCCUGGCCCUCUACCACAGCCCAAGAGGAGAAAGUCCCGUCUCCCAAUGAUGAAAAUUAACCAAGGUGGAGCAGACAAAGGAGUAGCCGGAGGAUACCGACUCCAGACGGCGAAGCCUCUAGUGGAGGCGAUCCAAGACAGGCUGAAACACUUGCAACAAAACUUUGCCACGCCUUCACCCCGACCACCAACUUGUACCAAAAGGGCCCCUGCACUGGUUACUGUAGCUGCUCUUCCAAUACUGGCCCCACCCACCAAGAAUAGAGGACCACAUCAGCCCGUCCACAAGGGAAGGAAGAUAAAAGUCAAGGACCAGGAAGAGUUGCAGCCGCUACCCCACCCAACAAACUGUCUAAUGCUCUGUUUUAAACUGCUGAGAACAGAUGACUGCAACAAGAAGAUAGAAGGACUGCGGUACUUCCGAGCUCUGGCACAGCACCACCCCGGCACGCUGAACAAUAAAGUGCACCAAGUGUGUCUGGCUGUGAUAGAAGAGGUUAAAAAUCUGCGCUCCACGGUGGCCAGUGCUGCCAUAGACACUCUCAUUUUCUUCUGUGUCCGCCUGCGGAGUGUUUUGGACACAGAGGUCGAGUGGAUCGGCCGAGCCUUGCUGCUGAAGAUCGCGCAGUCAUCGGCCAGCAGGUUCCUCCAGGAGAAGGCCAACUUGGCCCUGGAGGCCGUGGUGAGACACUGCCAUCCAAAUCGUGUCCUGACUGUGCUUUUACACAUGGGACUGAGGCACCCGAGCAUUGCAGUGAGGACGAGCACUGCCAAACAUCUCCUUCACCUGGUGGUCAGAUUGGGAGCUGCUAAGGUUCUGAUGAUGGGUCAGAACUUUACUCCCCACUUCCUGUCUGCAGCCAGCAAGAUGGCUCUGGACGCCUCGGCUGCAGUUAGGCCUCUUGGAUAUGCCAUCCUCCAGGAGCUGGCCCCUCACAAAAACUUCAUGGAACUGUGGCAGAAAUCAGUGGAGGACAGGGAUCGGCGCUUGUUGCAGAACAUUCUGAGUGCUUUGAAGAAGUAGAGGCAACAGGAGUUGAGUGGGCAACAGGGUUA